AUGAAUCAGAUGAAUGUCGGGAUGAAUCCCGGGGUUGGAGGCCCUGUUGGGGGAGUGCCAAUGAUCAACAAUGGAUCUUCAGCUUCUCGUAACGACGUCUCUAUGAACAACCCCGAACAGCUGAUCAUCAAUCUCAACACCUAUAUUUACGAUUACUUCCUGAAGCGUGGCUACCACGACUGCGCUCGAGCGCUUUUGCAGGACGAGUCCAUCAAACUCAACACGGAGAACAACCCCAAGACGAGUCCAGGGAGUCGACGUGAUGAGGUGAAUGGUAUGGACCCUGAUGCCAUGAUGACCGACGGAAAAGACGGCGAGAAGAUCAAGAUUCCAGAUGAUCUGCCCCGCCCGAGUAUCCCCAAUAAUGAGAGUCCCUCUUCAUUCCUCCUUGAUUGGUUCAACCUAUUUUGGGAUUUCUUCUGGGCCCAGCGCAACAAAAAGAAUGGCGGUGACAUCCGGGCGUACCUCCAGCACAACCAGCAAUUUAUGCGGUUGCGAGAACAGCAGCACAAUCAGUUCAUGCGCCAGCAACCCAUGAUUCCCGGCCAGAUGGGGGUGCGGAGGCAGAAUGGAAUGGUGCCUCCUAACUUGCAAAAGACAGUGCUGCAGAACAACACUCCUGGCCUUACACCGCAACAACAACUGGCACAAUUCCAAAAGAACCAACAGCUGCAAAUGAUGCAGCAACUGCAACGAGACCAACCGGAAAUGGAAAUGGGCGGUCACCGGCCGCAGUCACCGGCCUCUGCAGACAAUGCCCCCUCGCCGUCGAAACGCCCUCGCCUCGAAGGCGCUGUCAACGGACAGCAGCUCGCACCGAACGGACGCGCACAAGGACAAGGAAUGCCCGGACAGCCUAAUCAGCAGGCUAUGAUGAUGCAGAAUGGCAUGCAGAGAGGGAUGACGCAAGCGCAGUUCCAGCAAUAUCAGCAGCAAACGGGACAAGCGCAACAGAAAUCUAUGCAGGUAUAUGCUCAAAACUUGGCCCUUCAUCACUCUCGCUCAGCAUCGAAUUCCCAGGGUAUCCCGAAUGGUGGCAUGAUGAAUCCCGGUGUUAUGGCCAACCAGGCAGAUCUGGUCCCAAUGCCCGAUGGCCAAGGAAUGUACCCCAUGGCCGGUGCCGGUCCAGACUACUACGGCACUAACGGGCCAAUGGGCCAGGUCCGUCCUGGUAGCAUGCAAACUCCUGGCGGUGGCGGUGGUCAACAUGGCAACCAUGCUCUGCAAGACUAUCAAAUGCAGCUCAUGCUGCUCGAGCAGCAGAACAAGCGGCGUUUGAUGAUGGCUCGUCAAGAGCAAGACACCAUGGCCCGUGCUGAUGGCCAGCCGCCCCAAAUGCCAGGCCAGCAAUCUUUACCACCAGGCACCUCCCCCGGAAGCAGAACAGGCGCCUCUCCUAACCCCAGCGACCAAAUGAAACGGGGCACGCCCAAGAUGAACCAGACUGGACUUCCUGGAUCGCCUAGUGCCGGUGACAUGUCCCAGCGUGGCUCACCUGGAUCCAUGAACCUCAAUAAUGGUCAAAUGCCUCCAGAGAUGGCUGCUCAGUUCUUCCAAGGCUCGAACAUGCGACCUCCCAGCUCCAACCCGGCCUUCGGAGCCCAGAUGGGUCAACCUCCUCCUGGCAACCCCGGUCAGCGUAUGCCUAGUGGACAAUGGCCGCAAGGGCAGCAGAUGGCUCCGCAGCACUCGCCCGCGACCCAGCCCCAAGCUGGAACCCCGCAGGAGCGAGGCGCGAUGCCACCGCCCUCAGCGCCACCUGUCGCCGGACCUAACGCUGGCCGCGGCCCGGAAGCAUCCCCUCAGACCGGUGGAAACGCACCCCCAACUCCCAACCAGACCAACAAGCCUGCGCCCAAGGGUAAGAAGGACGCGAAGGACACUCGCAAGCGACCCAACAAGAAGCAAGCUGCCGCCGCCGCCGCCGCCGGUGCUACGCCUUCCACCGAAGCCGCAGAGCUCCCCACUCCUUCCACCCCCGUUACACCCCAUCCCCCUCCUAACGCCUUCAAGAACGGAGCGAAUGGAACCAAUGGACCUGGACCUGGCCAGCCCACUUCGGCGCCGGCUCCUCAGACCAUGGUCCCACCGCCCCCAGACCAGAAUAACCAACCCUUCACUGACCUCAGCAUCCCUGAUGCUUCCGCAUUCAACCUCGACUUCAGCGCACUGGAAAACCCAGAUAUUUUGGAGAACUUCGACUUUGACACAUUCCUCAACACCGACGCCGAUGCCACAGGCUUCGGGUUCGAUCCGAGCAUAUCCUACUCGGGCGACGGUGUUGAGACAGGAGCCGGUGACGGCCUGUGA